AUGAGGUCCAUCGCAGCAAUUUCGGUGCUGGCAUCUGUCGUUACUGCGCAGAUAGAGACAUUUUCCUUCAGUACAAGUGCAACGGCAGACAGCAACCAGGCUACAUCCACAGCAUCUGCUUCAGGCCCGAUAGAGACAGGAAAAGCAUGUGGUCAGAUCGCAGAGUUGAUAACUGAGACUACCGUUAUUGAUGCAGAACUCGCCUAUGCAUGCCUCAAGUCCGUUCCCAUCAACAAAGAUGCCGCGACCGAUACGGUGAAGAGUGUGAAGAACAUGGUGGAGUGGCAAUCAACGUUGUCGUAUCUGAAGAAUCCACCAGAGGGAUAUGGUGACGAAGGGGUAGAUCUGCAACAAGGUUUGGACGACAUUGGUAAGAAGGUCUCGAAUGGCGACUACGACAACGAAUAUGAUUUUGAGAUCGAUAUUGCGAGAUUGUUUGUCAAAGCACACGAUGGGCAUCUCACGUUCUCUGGAAUGGCACACAGCGGAGUUUUCACCUGGCGAAGAGACCGCGAAAUUGCGCUCAUUUCGGGCUCGGAGGACGGCAAGAGCAAUCCGAAGAUCUGGGGUAUCGGCGACUUUAACAAGACCUUGGACGCGAACGUCAAGCGAUCCGCAAUUUCGCAAAUCGACGGGAAAGAUGCCGUGCAGUUCGUGAAAGACGAGAGCAUGGACACUACCUACCACGAUCCGGACUCGAGAUAUAACUCCAUGUUCUACAUGCAGCCAGCAGAGAACUUUGGCUACUUUGCCAACCCUCGCUUCUACCCAGGCGUUUCGGUCAAUAUCACUUACGAGAACGGCACCUCGCGCGAGUUCGUGAACUCUGCUGUCGUUAACAACCCGACAGAGUGGGCCCUCAUUAAGGAUGGCCAGGACUUUUACGAAACAUUCAUCGUACCGCGCUCGACCGUUCUUGAGACCACCGAGACGAAGAGGUCUCUGAACCACCACAAUGUACCUCGGAACGUGGAAUAUCCUCGCGAAGCAGAGCUCAACCGCCGAUGGGUCCCUUGGGCUUACCCUAAGGCUGUUGUUGAGCAUGGAUCAGACAAUGUCAAGCUGGCUGGCUACUUCGUAGAUACGGGGGCCGGCAAAGUGGGUGUCUUGAUGGUCCAAACGUUCAAUGUAGAGGCCGGCGAAGGCGACAAUUCAGAAGCUAGGGAGUUCCAGGGCGUAGUACAGCAGUACAUCAGCCAAGCUAAGGACCAGAACGUUGACAAACACAUCAUCGAUGUCCGAACGAACGGUGGUGGCAAGAUUCUGCUCGGAUAUGACAUGUUCCUCCAGUUCUUCCCCGAUGAGAAACCCCAGCUACAGUCGCGAUGGCGCGGGCACAAGGGCUCCGAGCUCUUCGGCGACAAGUUGUCGUCCAUCAAGACAAUGAACGACUCGAACGGCAAUUUGUACACCUCUCCCUGGAACUUCCAUUCCUACAUCAGUGCCGAUGAUGAAGAGUUCUCCGACUUCAAGGAUAUGUACCCUCCCCAGAAGUUCAACGACGACUCUUUCAGCGACCUCCUCAAGUACAACCUCUCUGAUCCAAUCGAAACUUCUGACGACACCUACGCCAUCGGCAUCAGCAUGACCGGCUACCUCGACCGCGCCAACUUCACCAAGCAACCUUUCAAGGCCGAAGACAUCAUCAUCCUCUCCGACGGCAUCUGCGCCUCCACCUGCUCUCUCUUCACGGAAUUAAUGGUGCAGCAAGCCGGCGUUAAAACUCUCGCAGUCGGCGGCGUCCCCGGCACUGGGCCCAUGCAGGUUGUCGGAGGCACCAAAGGCUCCAUGCUGCUGCCAUCUGAAUACCUCCAACAGGUCUCUACCAGCGUCAUUAAGGGCUUCGCUUCCUCCAUAGAUGAAGCUAACGACUGGUACGACUUCCUCCCCAUGCCCUUCAGCAUCGCUGUCAAUACCGCCGGCGUCAACUUCCAGGACAACAUCCGCAAGGGCCUCGAGAAAGAUGGCAUACCCACCCAAUUCCUCAACGAUACUGCAAGCUGUAGGAUCUACUACGAGCCCAACAUGUACCUCAAUGUGUCGGCGCUGUGGAGCAAGGCGGCGGAAGUGGCGUUUGGAAAGGACGGUGGCAUGGAUGAGGAGGCCUGCGUUGCGGGCUCGGUGACGAGCAAGGAGGAUCAGACGGGCCAGGGCCAGGGCAGUCCUUCCAGCAGCGGGAAUGGCGGUACUUCGACGAACGGUGGCAGUGGCAGCGGAACAAGCGGCGAUGGAAGCUCGCCGAGUCCCUUGGAGUCGAAGGGUGCGGCUGCUGGCGCCAUCAAGCCUGCGCAAGGAGGCUGGGCCGCGAUUUUCGCGUGCAGUGCGGUGGUGCUGGGGUCGAUGGCAUUUGGGGCCAGCUUGGUGUGA